AUUUCGAAUUCGAUUUCCAUGUAAUCUAUUUAGGUGCUUAUGUAGUUUUUAGUUAACUUGAAAUACCUACAUAAUUAUGAUUUCGAUUCGUAAUCCAUUAUUGUUAUUAUUAAUGUUACAUGAAGCUAUUCAGUAUCACGACGGCAUUUAUGGACCUGGAUUACAUCCUAAGGAAGUUGUUAUGCCGGCUAGAUACUUUUUUGUUAAUAUUACUUCGAUUGUCGGACAAAAAUACACUUCUAAGUUAAACAACGACUUUGCGGUAGAAAUAGAGGGUACUUCAGCUAAAACACACUACUGUCGCAUUUGGGUAAACAAAUUAAAUAGAAAAGAUGGUACAUUUAUUGUACGAUAUAAAGUUUAUGAAACUUGUAAUGAUUUAUCCAUCAGUUUAUAUUAUAAAAGUAAGCAUAUAGGAGGUUCUCCAUUCACAUUUAAAGGUCCUAUUCUACCUGAUCAAUGUUAUUGCCCAGAGAAGAAUUUUGAUAAAUGGUUUAAACAGUAUGAUUGUCCCAAAUCAUAUGACAAAGUUACUCACGAUCUUGAGCUGUAUGGAAAAGUUAACAUGAAAACUCAAUUAAAAAAAAUAAUUCAUAGAUUUCAUAAACCAGAAAGUACUAGCUUUUGUCAUUAUGUUGUAAAAAAUAACAAAAUAUACAGAAACUGCUAUGGAAAACAUGUUGGGUUUAAUAUGUUUGCGGACAAUAUUCUUCUAUUUUUGGCCCGAAAAGUUGUCCUACCAGAUAUCGAGCUUAUUAUUAAUUUGGGUGACUGGCCUUUGGUUCGCAAGGGCACUGAACCACUGCCAAUAUUUUCAUGGUGCGGAAGUGAUGAAACCGUGGAUAUUCUGAUGCCUACUUAUGACAUAACUGAGUCUACUGUUGAAAAUAUGGGACGAGUCACAUUAGAUACCUUAUCUGUGCAAGGUAGCAUCGAGAGAGACUGGUCCGAGCGUGAAUCCAAAGCAAUUUGGCGUGGACGCGAUUCACGUAUUGAACGACUCAAACUUGUUGAUAUAGCACGUGCGAAUCCCGACCUCUUCAAUGUUUCUCUAACAAACUUCUUUUUUUUUCGCGACAAAGAACAAGAUUAUGGUCCUAAACAACCCCAUAUUUCAUUCUUCAAAUUUUUUGACUAUAAGUACCAAGUUAAUGUAGAUGGAACUGUGGCAGCGUACCGAUUGCCAUACUUAUUGGCUGGUGGAGGAAUGGUAUUGAAGCAAGAUUCGCCAUAUUUUGAACAUUUCUAUGGAUUACUCCAACCUUGGAAGCAUUAUGUACCAGUUGCAAGAGAUUUGUCCGAUUUGACAAAGCGUGUGAAAUGGGCGCUCGCAAACGACAAUGAAGCACGCACCAUUGCUGAAAAUGCGAGAAAAUUUGCCAAUAACAAUUUAUUGCCACAACAUAUUAUAUGUUAUCAUGCAGUUUUGUUUUCGGAAUGGAGUAAAAGAAUAGAUAGUGAAAUUACAGUAGACGAUGGAAUGACUCAUGUCCCACAGACGCCAUUUACAUGCGACUGUAAAACUGACCAAAGGCGAGAAGAUCAUCAAGAAUUAUAAUGUCUGUUAUAUUUUAGACAGACGACGUUGAAAACGUUAUAAUGCUGAAGGAAUCAUCUGUAUUAUUAUCAAGAAACGAUUCCUAGCAGCACCCUAGUGGAAAGUGUAAAUCACUGAAAUUAGCAAUGUAUAGACAAUGCUUAAAAAUCUAUGAAUAAUAGUCUAUUCUAACACUAAGAUUUAAUUUAAUAAUAGACUGAUUAGUGGCGAAGAUAUUUACAUUGACCUCGUCACAUAGUGCAGUUUAUGAAAACAGAAGUUUAUUUCAGAAAUUAUAUUUUUACGUGAACGGAGACAUAGCUUUAUGGUGACAAAAAAAGAUAUCACACUAAUAAAUUUGGUCCAGAAUAUUUUGGCUGAUAUUUGAUAGUUUUAGUAAGAGAAGAUGUGAUAUUAUAUUUCUGUUGUAUAUCAUAGUUGUCAUGGAAUAAAAAGAAACAUAGGUUUGAAAAUAACUAUUUAUAUUAGUAAUAAAAUAUUUUUUAACAUAUAAAUUACAAAAGUGUACUAAGUACAAAUAUGAAACUAUUAUUUGCAUUCCUUUAUUGCACUGUUAAACAUUUAUAUACAUAUAAUAUGUGCUACUAUAUAUUACAAUAUUGUUGAUUUCUA